AUGGGGCCCCCGGGCAAUAGGGGAUCAUGGGGCCCCUCUGUCCUUGCCCAAACUCACAAAAGCCUAUGAAAAAAGUGUGGGAGAGGAUACAGGGGCCCCAUGAUCCCCUAUUGCCCGGGGGCCCCAUGAGUUGUCAGUCCGCCCCUGCUUACUAUGUACUCUGGAAAACAUUUAGUAUGCCAUCAUUUACACAGUGAUUUUUCUCUGGUGCAAUGUUACAAAUUAUUUACAUUCCUGAGCUAACAACUUUGCAUUCACACAAUGACAUAUUGUUUCCUUUUCACUUACUGACCAUUG